AUGGCGUCCUUUGGCCUGCCCCCCAACCCCCGCGAUCCGGGCGAGGAAAGGGACGAGGACGAAACGGCGGAAACCCCGCCGCGGAUUCGCUUCGCGGACGAGGAGGUGGUGUACUGCGCGAGCUUCACGCUGAGUGCCGCGCAGGCCGCCUUGGACGCGGUUCAGCGGCGCGGGACCACCGCCGCGGUGGACCGCCCCAGCGAAACCCGCCACGCCCACCCCUACGCGAUCGCGGAGCGGCUGAAGGUGCAGUCCGACAUCGCGAAAACCCGAAAGGGCCUUCUCCAGCCCGACGAGGCCCGCAAGGGCGAUGAGGAAAGCGAGGACCUGCGCGUCGUUUCGGUGCCGACGCUUCUUCCGGGGCUUUUGGAUGAUAGUCAGUACAUGGAAGAGGCGAAAAUCGCCUACGAGCGCAUCGUGCGCAUGUUCCCAGACGACACGAAAAAGUACGUGUUUAUGGAAGAAGUGCCGGACAUUUCACCCCUAUAG